CCGGAGUACAACAGCUAAGCCUUCAACGGUUUUGUAGUUCUACUUUUGAUUCCAAUAUGCCAGCUUUCUGAAAAAUAGUGCAGAUAAGUGGUAUAAAAUAUUUUAUUGAGAAUUUCACGGCAUAACGACUCAAAGUAACACACGGUUAUCUCGCUAAUUAGAAAGGUUUGGAACUUAAAACAUAAAGCAAAAUGAUUCUGAGCGGAGCAUGCCCACUGUUGCACUCAUUAUUUACUUCCGGUAUAUAUUUAUUUCGCUAGCCGGCAGAUUUGCUACCCUAAUAAAAAUGCAGCAACGGGAAGAAAAAUUGCUGGACGCAUCCGUGGAAUCGCUUAUUUCCCGCGUAGCUCAUCUAAAAAACGCUCUUCACAGUUUCAUCUACAAGUUGGAAAACGAGUAUGAACGACUGACAUGGCCCUCUGUGUUGGACAACUUUGCCCUCUUGUCCGGUCAGUUGAACACCAUCAAUAAACUGUUGAGGAAUGAGAAGACGCCAUCUUUCCGCCAGCAGAUCAUCAUCCCCCUGCUGUUGUCUCCAGACAGGGAUGAAGAACUAGCUAAACUGACAGAGCAACGCGUGCCUGUGUUCAGCCAUGAGAUUGUGCCGGAUCACCUGCGCACCAAGCCUGAUCCAGAGGUGGAGGAGCAGGAGAAACAACUGAGUGCAGAAGCUGCCCGGAUAGGACCUGAGGUGGCACAGAAACAAAUCCAGACACUGAACAAGCUCUGUUCAAAUCUACUGGAGAAACUGAACAAUCCUCGCGAUGACAGGGAUGCAGACAGUGCAGCUAUACGGCAGAACAAACCAUCUUUCAACCCUGCUGACACCAAUGCACUGGUGGCAGCGGUGGGAUUUGGGAAGGGGCUUUCGAAGUGCAGGCCCCCUGGUCCUGUGGCCCCUGGACACACAGGACAAGGGCCCAUGAUGAGCGGAGGUCCCACCUUACAGCAGGUCACCAUCGGUGGGGGUUCAGGCCAGCAGCAAGGCAUGGGGCCUGGUGCUCCUCAGCAGCAAGGACAGCCAGGGAAAAUGCCAUGCAACAUCAAGACUAACAUCAAGGCUGCCUCCUCAAUGCAUCCUUACAACCGAUAAGAUCCUCUCUCUAUCCCAUACUGAUAGAAAGCCUUUAGGAAGCCUACAGAGUGAGCCAUGUAAAGCAAUGCAAGUAUUCAUAUGAUAUAUGCUAUGUUAUCUUUUGAUUAAAUGCAUCAUUUUGAGAAGAAAGUAUCAUACUGUGAAAGUGCAGAAAUUUGUCAGAUGUGCUUCCAUUUGUGAACACUAGAUAACACUGUCUUUCCAUUUAUAUUCAAGGGACAAGACAGUUUGAGAACUUGGUCAUUGUUGCAGAAAAUUUAAAUAAGAUUUUAUAUUAAUAUUGAAUAAAGGGCAUAUUAGAGCUAUUAUUUUAAGAUUUCUUUAUCCAUAUAUGUUAAUUUGUCACACACAGAAUAUCUGCUGGUUAAGAGCAUUGGGCCAGUAACGGAAAGGUCACUGGUUCGAAUCCCCGAGCCAGCUAGGUGAAAAUCUCAUUGUGCCCUUGAGCAAGGCACUUAGCCCUAACAGCUCAUGUAAGUCGCUCUGAAUAAGUGUCUGCUCAAUAACAAAAAUGUAAACAAGUCUGCAUUGUGUUAUGUCUUUCAGAAAUGUAUAAUACAAUUGUGGGGUUUAGUGUCAGUCAGAAAAGGAAUAUAUUUGAAACCUACUUCAACUGCUUCACCAUGUCUCUCCAGUUGUGUACCCUAGUACUGCCCCCUAUCCCUUCACCAUGUUCUCUCCAGUCAUCUGAACCCUAGCACUGCCUCCUAUCCCUUCACCAUGUUGUCUCUCCAGUCAUCUGAACCCUAGCACUGCCUCCUAUCCCUUCACCAUGUUGUCUCUCCAGUCAUCUGAACCCUAGCACUGCCUCCUAUCCCUUCACCAUGUUGUCUCUCCAGUCAUCUGAACCCUAGCACUGCCUCCUAUCCCUUCACCAUGUUGUCUCUCCAGUCAUCUGAACCCUAGCACUGCCUCCUAUCCCUUCACCAUGUUGUCUCUCCAGUCAUCUGAACCCUAGCACUGCCUCCUAUCCCUUCACCAUGUUGUCUCUCCAGUCAUCUGAACCCUAGCACUGCCUCCUAUCCCUUCACCAUGUUGUCUCUCCAGUCUUGUGAUCCCUAGCACUGCCUCUUACAGUAGCCCUUCACCAUUCCAGCCAUUAUGAAUAAUGUAGGCCUGGUGAGAGUAAUGCGGCUGGACAUUGCACUGCCUGGCCUGAUAAUGUCAAAGUCGUUAAGGGAGGAAAUGAGAAAGUUCAUGCUGACGUGUUGGGGGCCUCUGUGCUCUGCCCCACCGUGGUCUGUCCACUCCGAUCCCUAUCCCACCUCCCGCUGGGCGGCCGGCACCACAGCACAGGGACAAUGACCGCUGUGGCUGUCACACGAUACGACACAGGUCGCUGGGUGACCUACAUACACAAUGUCCUCUGCCGGCCUGACGUCUCGCUGUGUCAGCCUCAAUGCCCUGGUAAGAAAGGAGAGUCUGCUGAGACAGCUAGAAGAUGCACAGGGUCAGACUUUCUAUAGAUGUCUUAUAAACAAUGGACUAUAGGCAGAUGGACAUUGUCCCGCCUGUGUCCAGUUGGCCUAACUCUAAGAGAGACUCCUGAACAGGCUGUUACUGCCUUGUUUUGACCCUAUUGCAGCUCCCUCUAUGUGAAAGAAAUUUAGGGCUACAACUCUUUAUACAAUAAAAAAAAGUGUUUCCCGGA